UAGAGGGGUGCGGUACGUUUCAGAAUCAUCCGCCAUUUCAGAAUCAUCCGCCAUUUUAGAAUGAGGGCUCUGGUGUUUCUCCUGCUCGUGGCCGCCGCGAGCGCCAAAGUGUUUUCGCGGUGCGAGCUGGCGAGGACCCUGCAGGCCGCGGGAAUGGACGGCUACCACGGCGUCUCCCUGGGAGACUGGGUCUGCUUGGCCAGGUGGGAGUCGGACUACAACACCGAUGCCAUCGACCACGACUCUGACGGGUCCACGGACUACGGCAUCUUCCAGAUCAACAGUCGCUGGUGGUGUAACGAUGGCAUGACCCGCACCUCGGACGCCUGCCACAUCCCGUGCUCCAGCUUGCUGUCUCCUGACAUCAGCACUGCGAUUACGUGUGCCAAGCGUGUGGUCAGAGAUCCCAACGGGAUCAGAGCAUGGGUGGCCUGGCGGGUCCACUGUGAGGGACAAGAUGUCAGCCAGUACGUCGCGGGCUGUGGGGUGUGAGACAGGCACCCAGAGAGAAGCACCUUCUUUCCUUCCCUCUCUCUUCUGUGAUCACUCUUCUGAUCUUUCCAAACCUGGCACACUCACAAAGGCUCAACGGUGAAACACUUGCCCUUGAGUCCCUUGCUUGUCAGUAUAAAAAUGAAUAAAUAAUCAACCUGAA